CUGUUCUGUGUACACUGUACACAGGAAGAGGAAGCAUAAAGGAACUGUGCGUUCCAUUUCUUUCUGUCCUGUGUUCCACUUGAGUUUGCUGCACAGUGUGAGAGCACACUGCAUUCCUGCACCCAGAGACCAGCCAGAGGGACUAUCCUGCCAGCCAGCCACAGGGACCAGCGUGUUGCAGAGGGGCCAGACAACUGGAUCCGGCAAGAUGAUAGAGGGAUACAAUCCGAUGCUACAAGCCCUCCUAGGGACCUUGUUCACUUGGGGACUGACUGCAGCAGGUUCUGCCUUGGUUUUUGUAUUCUCUACUGGCCAGAGGCGGAUUCUGGAUGGCAGUUUGGGGUUUGCAGCUGGGGUGAUGCUAGCUGCUUCUUAUUGGUCUCUCCUGGCCCCAGCUAUUGAAAUGUCCAGCCAAUAUGGAAGUUUUUCCUUCCUCCCUGCAGCCAUUGGGUUUGCACUAGGAGCCGGCUUUGUUUAUUUCGCUGAUCUUCUUUUACCAGCUCUGGGCAUUGACAAGGAUCCAUUCUCCACUGCUGCCUUAAAUUAUGAUUCUAAACCUGCCAACAAGAAGGAUGAAGGCUCAGAGUACGAGGACCGCGAGCUGAGCAUCCGCAUAGGUAGAGUGGUCUCUCACACAGAUAAAAUUGAAAAUGGUGACGUGUACCAGAGAAAGAGAGGCAUUCAUUCUCCCUCAUCCGAGGAUUCCUCUUUGGCGGGCACCCGAGAAUCCCAACACAAAGGGGGAGGCAGCUGGAGGCGAAUUAUGCUUCUGAUCUUGGCUAUUACCAUCCACAACAUUCCAGAGGGACUAGCGGUUGGCGUAGGAUUUGGUGCUAUUGGGAAAACUGCAUCUGCGACAUUCGACAGUGCCAGGAAUUUAGCCAUUGGAAUAGGAAUACAGAAUUUCCCAGAAGGCCUUGCUGUCAGUCUUCCUCUGCGCGGCGCAGGAUUGUCUACCUGGAAGGCAUUUUGGUAUGGGCAGCUGAGUGGAAUGGUGGAACCUAUUGCUGGUGUAUUAGGGGCUGUGGCCAUUUCAGUGGCAGAACCACUGUUGCCCUAUGCACUGGCCUUCGCUGCAGGUGCCAUGGUCUAUGUGGUAAUGGAUGAUAUUAUUCCAGAAGCACAAACAGGAGGCAAUGGGAAACUGGCAUCCUGGACCUGUAUAUUUGGCUUUAUUGUGAUGAUGUCCUUAGACGUUGGGCUGAGCUGAGCACUGCAGCGCAAACGGACUUAAACGACCGGAAGAGGCGCUGGGCGCUACAUCUCAAAUGUUUACAGUUUUUGAAAAAUGCUAGCUUUUAUAAAUGAAUGAUUCCUUGGUGUAUUUAUCUGAUAUUUUGCAUGCUGAUGAUUUGGAGAUAAUUAAGAAAUGAUCUUUGCAGAAAUGGAUGUGGGGUUAUGUGGCCGGCAUAGACGAUGGAAGCGGUGAAUUAAUGUGCAGCAUUAGGUGCUAUCUGUGUGGUGGGUUGUUUGGGAUGAUACAGAGAAUAGUGCAUUGCCUGCUAACAUGGAAUGGAAUCUGAAUGGGACAUGUUCUGUUUUAGCCUCAGGAAAUGCUUUACUUUGCUUAACAAAAUCAGUACUAGAAAACUGAAUGAAUACACACGUGUCUUACUGUAUAAAGAAAACAUUUAUAUGCCUCUGUUAUUCUGCUGUUAGUUACAAGGUAAAUAAAUAUUUCUAUAUAUUG